AGGGGGGUUCCUGCUGCUGAGCUUUGGGGCCCGAUUGCUGGGGUGCGUUUAGUUUCAUCCCUCACCGAGACAACCUGGCGUCUCGGAGAACCCGACCGCCAGAGGCCUGCUGGGAACAGGACUUCUAACAGCAAGUAUGUCUGGAAGGCUGUGGUGCAAGGCCAUUUUUGCUGGCUACAAGCGAGGUCUCCGGAACCAAAGAGAGCACACGGCUCUUCUUAAAAUUGAAGGCGUUUAUGCCCGAGAUGAAACGGAGUUCUACUUAGGCAAGAGAUGUGCUUAUGUGUAUAAGGCAAAAAACAAUACAGUGACUCCUGGAGGUAAACCAAACAAAACCAGAGUGAUCUGGGGAAAGGUAACUCGGGCCCACGGAAACAGCGGUAUGGUUCGUGCCAAAUUCCGAAGCAACCUUCCUGCAAAGGCCAUUGGACACAGAAUCCGUGUGAUGCUGUACCCAUCCCGGAUUUAAACUAAUGGAGAGUAAAUAAAUAAAAGUAGAUUUGUGCUCUUGUAUUUUUUUUUCACAUCUGUCCUAAA